GUUUUAGCAAUGGACUCCCUCACAGUAUCCAAUGGCAACUUUACAUUGGACCUUUUCAAAACGUUGACUCAAUCAUAUCCAGGCAAAAACCUUUUCUUUUCUUCGUGGAGUAUCUCAUCCGCUCUGGCCAUGGUCUAUUUGGGAGCAAGAAAUAAAACUGCCACCCAGAUGGCCAAGGUACUUCACUUCAGAGGAGGUACUGAAAGUUCUUCCCAGAAUCCAGAUUCUAAAGAUGAAAAGGUCCACCAUGAGUUCCAAGAACAGAUUUCUGAAAUCAAUCAACCCAAGAGCACCUAUUUGCUUAAAACUGCCAAUAGACUAUAUGGAGAAAAGACUUACCCUUUCCUUACUGAAUACAUGGAGCUUACUAAGAAAUAUUAUCAUGCAGAGGCUCAAGAGGUUAAUUUUUUAACUGCCGCGGACCAGGUCAGAAGUGAGAUCAACUCCUGGGUUGAAAGUCAAACUGAGCACAAAAUAAAGAACCUGCUGCCUGAAGAUGCUGUUGAUUCUCAGGCUGCAUUGGUUUUAGUAAAUGCUAUUUACUUCAAAGGAAAGUGGGAAAAGAGAUUUAAGGAAGAACAUACGACUAAAGCAGAUUUCAGACUGAGUAAGACCACAUCAACAUCUGUGCAAAUGAUGUUUCUGAGAGAGACAUUUCCAAUUUUCCAUGUCAGCAUCUUGAAGGUCAAUAUCCUUGAGCUUCCUUACGUUAACAAUGACCUCAGCAUGCUCAUCCUACUUCCUGAUGACAUCACAGAUGAGUCUACGGGUCUGGAACUGCUGGAAAAAGAAUUAACGUAUGAGAGAUUAUCCAUAUGGACCAGUCCAGAAAUGAUGGAGAAAAUGGAAGUGGAGGUUCACUUGCCCAGGGUCAAGUUGGCCGAGAGUUAUGACCUGAAGAUGACUUUACGCAGCUUGGGAAUGACAGUCGCCUUCAGCCAAAGUCAAGCUAACCUCACAGGAAUGUCCCAGAAAAACGACUUGUUUCUGUCACAGGUGUUUCACAAGUCUUUUGUGGAGGUCAAUGAAGAAGGCACGGAGGCAUCGGCUGCCACUGCAGGGGUUGUCUCUGUAAGAACAUCUCAGCAGCCGGUGGUAUUUAAAGGAGACCACCCCUUCCUCUUCUUUAUCAGACACAACAAAACAAAAAGCAUCCUCUUCUUUGGCAGGUUCUGUACUCCUUAGGAAGCUUUGUGUCACCUCUGCCGU